CGGCGGCCGGAGCUGCAGCCGCCGCCCGCCCGUCGCAGCGCCGGCGCUGCCGCGGUGCCCGGCAGGGAAGAUGGCGCCGUCCCACGUCCUCAAGUGCUGCCAGAAGGUGCUGGCCUGGGUGCCCGUGGCCUUCAUCGCCCUGGUCGUGGCCUGGUCCUACUACGCCUACGUGGUGGAGCUGUGUGUGUUUACUAUUUCUUCAACUGCUGAAAAAGUUGUCUAUCUUGUAGUUUUUCAUCUGUCAUUCGUCAUGUUUGUAUGGUCCUAUGGGAAGACAAUUUUCACACCUCCUGCAACCCCCUCUAAUGAGUUCUGCUUAUCAAAAGCUGAUAAAGAACAAUAUGAAAAAGAAGAGAGACCAGAAUCUCAGCAGGAGAUUUUGAGAAGAGCUGCUAAAGACUUGCCUAUCUAUACGACAACAGCAUCGAGAGCAAUCAGAUACUGUGAUCGAUGCCAGCUGAUCAAACCUGACCGCUGCCACCACUGUUCUGCAUGUGACGUAUGUGUAUUAAAAAUGGACCACCACUGUCCAUGGGUGAAUAAUUGUGUGGGAUUUUCUAACUACAAAUUCUUCCUCCUGUUUUUAAUGUAUUCCUUACUGUACUGUUUGUUUGUUGCUGCUACAGUCUUGCAGUACUUCAUAAAGUUUUGGACACUUUGCCGCAGGAAAGCUGCAGAGAAUUGUCCUAAGAAUGAGUUGCCAGAUACCCAUGCAAAGUUCCACGUCCUAUUCCUUUUCUUUGUGGCAGCCAUGUUCUUCAUCAGCAUCCUGUCACUCUUCAGCUACCACUGCUGGCUAGUUGGCAAAAACAGAUCAACUAUAGAAACAUUCCGUGCACCCACAUUUCGAAACGGUCCUGAUAAAAAUGGCUUUUCUCUUGGAUGCAGCAAAAAUCUAAGGGAGGUUUUUGGAGAUGAAAAGAAGUAUUGGUUACUCCCUAUCUUUACCAGUUUGGGUGAUGGAUGUAAUUUCCCUACUCGUUUGGUAAUUAUGGAUCCAGAGCAAUUUGCGGUCUCAAGCCAAAAUGAUCCUGCCAAAAGCUCUGUAGCCAAUCAGUCCUUUCCUGCUCGACCACUCAGUGAAUCACAAAAUCGGUUGCUAUCUGGUGAUUGUCAGUGGGUGGAAACUGGCCCUGAAGAGGAAAAUGUGAAAUCAGGUGCAAAAAAGCAUAUUAUAGUUUCAUUGGAAAGCUGAUCUCAGCUAAUUACUAACCAACCAUCUCAAUGAGAAACAGGUUUCUGCAACACAUUUUGAGCUUGAAUAUUACUUAAUUUUCUUUGGAAGAAGCUGAGCAGGAAAAAAUGGAACAUGAACAUUUUAGGAAGAGACAAGAAAUUCAAGUUUCUGCACAGUACAAUGGAUUCUUGUAAGCACUAUUGCAGAGCAGGGAAGUUAAGACAGAUGCCUUAAGAUUCUUAAUGUGCAUUUAUGCAACACUGAAUUAUAUACUGCUACCAAAGGGCCAGAUCCAGAAGUGCCCUGCUUGGAUGCACAAGGUCCAGAGUGGGAACUAUGCAUUUCUUUUAUGCUGCAGUGGUGGGGGUAGAUUGCAGAGACUCCUACCUCCUCAUGGGCAAACUUCAUACCUUAGGCACUGCAGAAGUCACUUCCAUAGCAGGUCUCCAGAGUACAGAAGGAAAGAAAAAAGGAAAAGGAAGAAAAAUAGUCAGCCUAGAGCAUGGUCAGCAAGUCUGAAGUGGGAGUAUACAUAGUUCAGAUGCCAGGUCAUGGGGAAGGGACUAGAUGAUAUCUUCUCCUCUCCUCCUAUUAACCCCAUGAUCACAGCUCUCCAAGUCUUGUGUGACUGAGGGUUCCUUCUACUGGCUGUGCUUUGGAGCAAGGCAAUGCCAACAACAUAAAAGCCUUUAACUUGGGUGUUGCUUUUUUGCUAUAGGGUUGAGCUUCCUCAUCAUUUUAACUUGAUUUAUUUAACCAUACCAAGGACAGAGCUCAAAGAAGAAAACUUGUGUUUUAGUUGAAAAAAACGUGGAUUAUUACUUUCCAACAAUUGUCAGCAUACAAGGAAAAGGCAGUACAAAAAGGAAUUAACAAUUACUGUAUUUUCUGUUACUGUUUGCUGUGUUCUUUGUAAGGCAGCAACAAAAUGGUAAAGUACCCCUGAGAAAAAUCAUAAUUGCAGUUGUUGUGUUGCUAGAAAACAGAACCAGCAGAGUACUGCUUUUUCCAUGGGAGUCUUGAUGGUUUAUAAAUACUGUUUUAUACUUUUGUUUUAUCUUUUUAAUGAAGGCACAAGGUUUUAUUGGUUCUAAAAUACAAAUAUUAGGUACUUACAAGAAGAUCAGUGUUGGAUAAUAGAUCUAUGUUAGCACACUGAAAAAUUGCAUCCUUUAGUCUCCCACUUUCAAGUCCAGUUUGAGUGAUGCUGAAACUGCUGAAGACUGAUGGCUUUGUGCAGCAAUGUACCUGUUCACAAAAGGCAAAAUGUGUUUCCUGUGUGAAGAAUCAAGCCCGUCCCAUCCUCAGCUCAAGACCUACAGCAAACAACGUGGGGUUUUUUUCCUCAUUCCUCUACAGAGAAGACUGCUAACUCAUCUUUGGGUGGUAUUGGAAUUUUGCGCCUGGAAAAAGUGACAAAUGCUAUUUUUCUGUCUGUAACUUUUCUGGUGUUCAGCUGAUGCUGAUUACAAAUAGACAUGAGCCCUCUUGAUACAGACUGAAGGUAGUAGUCAAAUCGAUGAUCUAGUCCAAAAGAACCUGUUUGGUUUGUCUCCCAGACUGAUUGCUACUUGAGUUAAAUAUGUUUAUGAUGGAAAUACUAAGGUAUCAAGUAUACUGUAAGGUUUAAAAUAAGUAUUUUUUGUCUUUGGAUAUCACAUUUUUUUCUUAAAUAUUAAUCUUCUGGAACAAGAACUCUUUGAGAAUCUAUUAUCAUGAUUUCACUGUUCGAUGUUCUUGAGACAGAAGUAAUGGUCCAAACUUGCAUGUUUUAUAAAAGUUGCAGAAUGUUUCUUCAAACUUUGUACAAGGUAUUUUGCACUUGCUAAUUCCGAAACUUACAAAAAACAUUUGCUACACAUUGAUCUGAAAGGUUUAUCUUUUUCUUCUCAAGUGUUAAGUGAGAAGUGCCCAUCUUAACAUAAGCUCUCAGAAGUAUCGCACCAGCAAAAUUCCUUGGGGAAGAUAACAGAGAAGGAAGGCUGCUUGUUCAAAUGGCUUGUUCUGAAUACCAAAAUUUGCAGCCCCAAACACUGGUGGAACUGUCUUGGAGGGCCUGGGAUAACAUCUGGCUUUUACUUCAUCCAUGUAUUAUAGCUGAAAUAAAAACAACACGUCCAUGCAUAGACAUCAUCUAGCAGAACUACAAAAUGUCUAUCAGAGUCCUAAAUAUCACUGACUCGGCAAUAUGAUGUCUGUUCCCCCCACCCAUUCCCCAAAGUGCUUCAUAUAACCCCCCCUCAUGAAUGUAUGUAUCCUGGAGGCCAACAUCAGGAGAAUUUGUUUGAUUUCUCUAGUCAGGAUAGUGAAUGUACAGGAAAAAUUGCAAGUAAACAGGCUGGACUAUUUCCAUGUGCAUUUUCUAGCAAGUGCUGCUUUUCUGAGAUCACUUCUUUGUACAUCUGAUGGACAUUUUUGAGGCUUUUCAUGAAAAACUGACAUUUCUGACAUGUUUAUGCAGAUCACAGGAAUAUUUUGUCCUAGAUUUUUAGUAUUUGAGGUGAAUAAAGGAGAGCAGUGGUUUUAGGAUAAUCCUGAGGUCAGAGUUACUGUUGGUGUAAAAAUAGGUAUUACUGAAAGUCACUUUGACAAGUACAAAACAUAGUAAAAUGAUUGAAAAAUUAUUCUCCCACAUUUACCACCCCAAGCCCUUUUAUUUUUUUCCCCCUAGGGAACUGAGACUAAGAGAAACCACAGGCUGAUUUAAAGGAAUUAGUUCUCUAAGGGAAUUUUACUGCUGAACUCGAAGGCCAUUGAGUGGGAUGGAGGAGUUAGGUUUUCCUGGCAGGCCUGGGCUUUGGGGGAGGUCUCACGGCUAAGGCACCAGGAUGAUAUCCUCUGCCUUUGGAGUCUGUCCUGAGCAUUCCCUAGGCUGUGCUGUGCCAGGAAGUCCAUGAGGGAGCAGGAUGGCUCUUUGGCUGUCAGUCUGCAAGCAGUCCUACGUGUCCCUAGGGCUGCAGGAAGAGGGUUGGUCAUGAGAUCAGAAGGGGGAUGGAUCCUGAGAAAACAGGUGUUUAGGGUGUUGGGCUGUGUUGUACGUGCUGGUUUUGUGCUUUAACCUACUCUGUAUCAGGGAGUCUUGAAAAUACCUAGGAUAUCAUUAAAAAUAGCAGCCCUUAAGUUUUUAGAUCCAUUAAAGUAAUGACUACUACAAGCCAUACAUAGUAGUUGCUGUAGGAUAGUUGAUAUUGGCUGCAAUUAGAAACAGCAUUUGUGUUUCUUACUGCUUUUCUCUUUUAAAAAAAUCUAUAUACACCCAAAAAAAAAGGUUUUAAAUUCCCAGUGUGAGGACAGAAGCCUGAUGUAGGGGAGGAUUUCAGAGUGAUUUGUUCUCCAUUUUUCUGAAAUGUCUUGAAAUAAACCUGUCCCUGUGAGUAUGAGGCAGGAAAAUACAUCAAUAGAAAUUACUUGAAACUACACAAUACUGGGUUUUUUUUCUUACUCACGGAGUGUCCAACACACACAUCAUUGCUGUUCCUGACAAAGGUGUAUUAUGGGAAAAGAGCAGGAAGAGGAAUAGGUUUCUGUCAUUAAUUGACUUCCUAAAGUAUUAUUUUGAGACUGUAUUGAUACCAGUCAGAUGUGACUAAAUGUGAUUAAAAUUCUCCAUUUUAAGUAAUCAGAGGGUUACUUUAGAGGAAGUUUGGGCACUUCUAUUUUUAGUGAUUUGAGUAGAAAUCAUGGUAACCUUUUUGUUAAAGCUGCCUCUUGAGUGUGGAAUUUGCAAGUACCAAGCUACUUUUGGUAUGCUCUGCUUACAAACUGGUCCUGUUCUCCAGAGUGCUGAACACUUACAGUUUUCAGGUACUGUUUCUUUCCUCUGGUCUUGUGUGGCUCUUCUUUAUUAAUUAUAAAUCAUCUUUUGGGUUGGGAUGAAUUUCCAUACCACUGAGUUUGCACACAAAGAUUUCAUGAUCUAACUGAAGUAUGGUCCAACUAUAGCUAAGCAGAGCCCCAGGAGGAAGGAAACUGCAGCGUUUGCAGCAGCAUUAGUGUCUGGCAGGCUUACCAAGAUGGGCUGAUUCUGACAUAGAUUGACCAAAUAUGCCUGGAUCUGGAGCACUGACUGACCAGAUUUUUAUUAAAAGGUAAAUAACAACAAAAUCAUGACAGCUCUGGGCUUCAUAGUUUAUGUUCUCCAAGGACACCCUCUAAAGUUGUGUCUGACUGGGGCGUUUGGGUGUGCAUUUAGAGAGGCUCCAAACAGCAGUUACUUUUAGCUCACAAAUGUGUAUUUUCACAGUACCUAAAAAACAGCGGUAUGUGCAACUUCAGAAGCUCUUCUAUCCCCAAAUGGCACCAAAGAGAGCAGGUGCACAUGAACCAAUUUAGUACUGAAUGCAUUUGUUACACUCAUUUCUAUCAAUUUAUUUUGUAUAUAGAGCUUUUUAUACACAUUUUUCUUAAUUACAUAACUGUCAUGAAGCUAUGAGUUGUAGUUUAUUUUAAUGCAGAUUAAAACUGGUGUUUGGCCAUUUGUUUUCUGAAGCCAUUACUUGAAUUUGUUUCCUAUUAGGUAGUGAAGUCUGAUUAUGUUUACAGGAUCACUUUCUUUGGUUUUGGGAGAUUUCCCCAUUCUUCCUACCCGCCCUGUCCUAAGAAACAGAGACCUCAUGCUCAGCAGUCAAGCAGAUGUGUCAGCGAUGAAGUAUUUGUAUUACUUUAAUUAUCACCAAAACAGUGGGGGUGACAUGCUGAUCCCCUUCCGUUUACACUGCUUAGCUGACAACUUAAGACACUUAGCAUGGUCCUCUCUGAUUUCUCCUGUCCCUUAUCCUGUUAUCAGCUUUAUUGUGGGAAACUUAAAUCUUCGUGAAUGAUGAUUUACAAUCAUGAAGCUAUCCCAGGAAGAAGCAGCAUUCCUGCUGUUAAGUCUGUUCUGUUUUUAACUUAGAUGAAUGAAACAUCCCUGGGUUAUCUCUGCAGUUCCUUUUGUAUUUGCCAGCAAGGGUCAUCAACAUUUGCACUAAUCACAAUGUCCCAGCUGUUCUACUUCCACAAAGUUGUUUUUUUUUAAUUGUGCUGCCUAAACUUGUAAUAAGCUGUAUUUAAGUUUGGGAUGACAUGUAAAAGAUACCUGUAAUAAUGAUGCACUUAUUGUAUUUUUUUGUAUGUUACAGAUAGGACUCAUCCUAUGCACAGAGAAAAUGUUUCCAUUUAUAGUUUAAUACUUGAAGUAACUUUUUGAAACGGGCUUUUAUAAGUGAAUUAAAUACAAAAUCACAUUGCUUUGCCUGGAAGUUUCUUCAUGUUUUAAUUGUAUUUGCAAUUUCCCCCUAUGUAUACUUUUCCAUUAAGUUCUCUUAAGCCAUUUAUAACCAAUGGAAGUGCAUUCAAGAUUUUGUACAUCAGUGUUCAGACCUGUUCAUACUUCUCUGAAGUAUAAUUCAUGUUUAAUAAAAAAGUACCAUUUUAAGCCUCUUUUCCAAAGUGGUAUGGACUUGACACUUGAAUUCAUCAGUGAAUGCAACAUCAACUUAAUAAAAGUAUGUGAAAGAAUAUGAAAA